AUUCCAGGAAUUUCUGAAGAGCUAAUUUCAAGUAUGGUACGUCAAAAUUUUAUCGAUAUUAAAUUAUUCAAGAAGUCUGUUCCAUUGUCAAUGAUAAGUCAUCUUGAGCUAAGCCUUGUGACUCCAAGAGGUCUGUCAAGAUAAAAAAACGAAUUAUCGCGAAAAAGAAUUAUUUUGAAAAACUGAGAGAAUUUAAAGAGAAGAUACUACGAUAGAUAGUUUCUUGAAUCUUCUUCAUGCAAAAUGUUUGUAAUUAAAGUAAUACUCGUGAUAAUCUGUGCCACAGUGACUUUCGGUGAGACAAUAAAUGGUGAUGAAGGAUACACGGCUGAAAGAAUUAUCGGUGGAAAGCUGAGUAAAAUUUCAAAAUACCCAUAUACAGUAGCAGUUUAUGUUGAUGGAUAUUUGAAUGGUGCUGGCGCAAUAUUGAAUAACCAAUGGGUGAUAGGAAGCGGAUUUUCAGUCAGCACAGCCGACAGUGCAGCCAACGUAACAGUGCGAGUGGCCAGUAGCGGCGCCUACAAGGGUGGUCUGGUCAAACAGGUGAAACGCUUCGUGGUGCAUCCGAAGCUGCGAGGGUGGGACCACGACAUGGCACUGCUGCAGUUCAAGACCCCACUCAGACGCAACACUCGCAACGCCAAGAGCAUUCAACUGGGCAGCCAUCUGCCUAAAUCCGGCCAGAAAACCAUCUUCACCGGCUACGGCAGUCGCCAAAACGAAUCUACUCCAGGAAUUGAACUAGUUUUCGAUGGAUUGUUCAAAGAGAUAGAACUACCUUACAUGCCAUACAAGGAAUGUGUCAAAUAUCAUAACGCCACUCUAUUUUUCACCAAAAAUAACUUCUGCACAAAAACGGAAUACCUCAGCUCUCCAUACGCGAGGGACUUUGGUGGGCCGCUUGUCUACAAGAAGAAAUUGAUCGGACUGUUUGCCGGGGCUCCACGCUGCUCUGGCGUAAUCAAGCCGGCAGUAUACGCCGAUGUCACACGCGAGCAUAAAUGGAUCAACAGCACCAUCAAGAAAUACAGUCAUCUUCAGAACUUGGAAAUCGCUGAGUAUGAAUAGAAUAUUCCUAACAAAUAAACGACAUCGAAAUUCAGUGAUUGGGGAUUCAUUCAUAACCACUAAGACACAUCAAAAAUAAAGUCAUCUUCAAAACUUACGACAAUGAAAUCCAGUAAUCGAGGAUUCAUUCAUAACCACCAAGAUCUAUCAAAAAAUACAGUUAUCUUCUGAACUUAGAAAUCACUGUGUAUGAAUAGAAGAAUAUUACUAACCAAUAAAUGACAUUCAACUUCA